AUGGCUCCCCACGCAGAGGUAGACUCGGGCUCCGCGCACGGAGAUGGACCCACCCCCCACGGAAACGGCGCCGCCGCUGCUGCUCAGAGCCGCGAGCUGUUCACCGUCGACUCCCCCAACGUCGUCUACAACGACACCGAAAUCCUGUCAAAGUACACCUACCGCACCACAAAGGUCGCCAAGAACGGCAAUGGCAAGUACGUCGCCACGCCCACCGAGACGCUCUACGAGUUCAAGACGGACCGCAAGGUCCCCAAGGUCGGCAUGAUGCUCGUCGGAUGGGGUGGUAACAACGGAACCACCGUUACCGCCGGCAUCCUCGCCAACCGUCGCGGUCUCGUCUGGGACACCCGCGAAGGACCCCGGGCCGCCAACUACUACGGUUCCGUCAUCAUGGGAUCGACCGUCAAGCUGGGUACGGAUGCCGAGACGUCCAAGGAUGUCAACAUCCCGUUCCACGACCUGCUGCCCAUGGUCCACCCGAACGACCUUGCUAUUGGAGGCUGGGACAUCAGCAAGAUGGAUCUGGCUGCCGCCAUGGACCGCGCGCAGGUGCUGGAGCCGACUCUCAAGAUGCAGGUCAAGAAGGAGAUGGCGGAGAUGGUCCCGCUUCCGAGCAUUUACUACCCCGACUUCAUCGCUGCCAACCAGGAAGACCGAGCUGACAAUGUGCUGCCUGGUACUAAGGCCUGCAUGGCUCAUGUUGAGCAGAUCCGCAAGGACAUUCGUGACUUCAAGGAGGCCAACGGCCUCGACAAGGUCAUCGUUCAGUGGACCGCCAACACCGAGCGCUACGCCGACAUCAUCCCGGGCGUCAACGAUACCGCCGACAACUUGCUGAAGGCCAUCGAAGAGGGUCACGAGGAGGUUUCCCCUUCCACCGUCUUUUCCGUUGCCUGCACUCUCGAGGGCGUGCCUUUCAUCAACGGGUCCCCGCAGAACACUUUUGUUCCCGGCGCCAUCGAGCUGGCUGAGAAGCACGGUGCCUUUAUCGGCGGCGACGAUUUCAAGUCGGGCCAGACCAAGAUGAAGUCGGCGCUGGUCGACUUCUUGAUCAACGCAGGUAUCAAGCUCACCUCGAUUGCCAGCUACAACCAUCUCGGCAACAACGACGGCAAGAACCUCAGCUCCCACAAGCAGUUCCGCUCCAAGGAGAUCUCCAAGUCGAACGUCGUGGACGACAUGGUCGAGGCCAACACGGUCCUCUACAAGAAGGGCGAGCACCCAGACCACACCGUGGUGAUCAAGUACAUGCCGGCCGUAGGCGACAACAAGCGCGCCCUCGACGAGUACUACGCCGAGAUCUUCAUGGGCGGCCACCAGACCAUCUCUCUCUUCAACGUCUGCGAGGACUCGCUGCUGGCAUCGCCGCUCAUCAUCGACCUCGUGCUCGUGGCGGAGAUGAUGACGCGCAUCCAGUGGAAGGCGGUGUCGUCCGACGGCGCGGCGACCAAGGACUUCAAGGGCUUCCACAGCGUGCUGAGCAUCCUGAGCUACAUGCUCAAGGCGCCCAUGACGCCCCCCGGAACGCCCGUCAUCAACUCGCUCAGCAAGCAGCGCGCGGCCCUCACCAACAUAUUCCGCGCCUGCGUCGGCUUGGAGCCCGAGUCCGAGAUGACGCUUGAGCACAAACUGUUCUGA